UGUAUGAUAACCACGGCCUUAUAAAUACAGGUCCAAAUUCCGGGAUCAUAACACAACAUAUAAGGAAAAUUUAGACCAACAAAACAGACAAGCAAGAACAAUACUCGUGGUCAAUUUACGAGAGCAGUCAGCAACGUAGACAUGAACAGGUUUCCGAUGAUGUCCAACAACAACAUCCUUCUCGUAAUUGUUAUUGCUGGAGUUGUACUGAUCUUCAUGAACAUCAAUUUAAUUGAAUUUAAACCAUCUUAUGUUUCGCCAGAGGGAAACCAGGAGGCAAUUACCGCAGUAAUACGUGAUCAAGCUACAUUUAACUGCAGCUGUAGCAGACCCAGCCCUAGUACUCUCAACAAGUUAGAAUCGGCGCCUAAACGAACAGAAAGCAUCUUCAUCGAAGAGCAAAGUGAACGGAGGAAAACAAUGCUAACGACAUGUCGUUCUCUCGGAAAGAACUACACCGGAACUCUACCAGAAGUGAAAUUGAAAACUCAUAUGAUUUACGAUGAUCAAACCGAUCUUCUGUUCUGUAAUAUAGCGAAAGUUGGGUCAACCUUUCUGAAACAAGUCUUUCAAAUUUUGUUUGGCUAUCAUCAUCGAAAAGAUCCUUUUAGCAUUAAAGGCGGCACUGUUCACCAAUUACCUUUUGAUACAUUUGACAAAAUUCAAUACGACCAGGCCCUGGCGGUGCUAAUGCGUUCCACUAAGAUUAUAUUUGUCCGAAAUCCUUACACAAGAAUGCUUUCAGGAUAUGUCGAUAAACUCUUCACUAAUAAUCACGUGUUCUGGAGAAGUACAGGUAAAAUCAUCUUGAAAAAUCAUCGGAAAAAUCUCUCGAUAAAAUCCAAGGAAUGUGGUCAUGACAGUACUUUUCCGGAGUUUAUCAAACACGUAAUCGAAUCAGAAACGUCUGGUAAAAACCGAAACCCUCAUUGGUGCCCUAUGUAUGAUGUAUGCCGUCCGUGUAGCAUUCAGUAUGAUGUCAUUGGGAAAAUCGAAUCAUUCAAAGAGGAUCUUGGAAGUUUUCUAAAAAGUCAACAUUUAGAUGAAAUUGUUGACAUUUCUAAAAUGAACCAAGGGAACGAAAGAGAAGCUAUAUAUCUGACGGUCAGCAGAGCAUACGAUGUGGUAUUACGCGUACCGAAGUGUGCCUCUCUUCCACAAGCGCUUGAACGUGCUUGGAAGGUUCUACAAAUAAGAGGGGUCUUGAGCCAGUUGGCCGAAUUCCCCUAUAAGAUGAUAGAGCACAAUUCAAACAUAAGUAAAUCUCUUUUUCUAGACGUCAUUGCUAAAGAAAUCAAACGGUUUCCAAUGACCCAAUCGGACAAGCUGUUGUCAAAAGAACAAGCGGUUGUUAAAGCCUAUGAAUCUGUUUCGUCGUCCGAUCUAGAGCGAUUCACUUCCAUCUUCCAUCCAGAUUUUUCUUUAUUUGGAUACGAAAAAGACAUUGGAAGGAAGCAUCGUAAUUUCUUAAAAUGGGAACCAUUCAAGUUUAAACUUUGAAUUAAAAUUCAGUCCAUUAGAUUGUAUAUCUCAACUUAUAUUACUUAUUCCAUGAUUGUAUAAAAAGAAUGGUUCUUCUAGUAAAGUUUAAGAAACAAAACAUCAACGUAUUAUCAAACAAAACAUAUGUAACGUCAAUAAAAAAUAGCAAACGAGAUAUAUUGAAAAUUCAAACUGUUCCGGAUGCAUUUAUGGUGCAAAAAAUCUGAAGGAGUUUUAGGGGACAUUCUUAUUUUUUGGAGAAAUCCAACAUUUUAUCAUGAGGUCUGCUCAUCAAAUCCGUCGUGGCGGCCAUUUUGAAAAUUCUUUAUCAUGAACAAGCUUAUUCCUUAUCCCCUUCAGUUUAAACGCUCAGACGACCUGAUGUCUACUUAUCAAAAUUGCGUCGAAAACCUGAUAAAAAAGACUAAUCACAUAUAAUAUUACAGCUGUGAGUGUCGUAUAUUGUAGCUCUAAGUGUGAUAUAUUAUAGCUCUGAGUGUGGUAUAUGAUAGCUGUGAGUGUCGUAUAUUGUAGCUUUAAGUGUGGUAUAUUAUAGCUAUGAGUGUGGUAUAUUAAAGCUCUGAGUGUCGUAUAUUGUAGCUCUAAGUGUGGUAUAUCAUAGCUUUGAGUGCGGUAUAGUAUAGCUAUGAGUGUGUACAUUUUAGCUCUGAAUGUAGUAUAAUAGCUCUGAGUGUGGUAAAUUAUAGCUAUGAGUGUCGUAUAUUGUAGCUCUAAGUGUGGUAUAUUAUAGCUCUAAGUGUGGUAUAUUAUAUCUCUGAGUGUGGUAUAUCAUAGCUUUGAGUGCGGUAAAGUAUAGCUAUGAGUGUGUACAUUUUAGCUCUGAAUGUAGUAUAAUAGCUCUGAGUGAGGUAUAUUAUAGCUCUGAGUGUGGUAUAGUAUAGCUCUGAGGGUGGUUACAUUAUAGCUAUGAGUGUCGUACAUUGUAGCUCUAAGUGUGGUACAUUAAAGUGUUGUAUAUUGUAGCUCUAAGUGUGGUAUAUCAUAGCUCUGAGUGUUUAUAUUAUAGCUCUGAGUGUUUAUAUUAUAGCUCUGAGUGUCGUAUAUUGUAGCUCUGAGUGUCGUAUAUUGUAGCUCUGAGUGUGGUAUACUGUAGUUAUGAGUAUCGUAUAUUGUAGCCCUAAAUGUAGUGCAUUGUAUAUCAUAGCUCUGAGUGUGGUAUACUGUAGUUAUGAGUAUCGUAUAUUGUAGCCCUAAAUGUAGUACAUUGUAUAUCAUAGCUUUGAGUGUGGUAAAUUAUAGCUAUGAGUGUCGUAUAUUGUAGCUAUGAGUGUCGUAUAUUGUAGCUCUAAGUGUGGUAUAUUAUAGCUAUGAGAGUCGUAUAUUGUAGCUCUAAGUGUGGUAUAUUAUAUCUCUGAGUGUGGUAUAUUAUAGCUCUGAGUAUGGUAUAUUAUAGCUAUGAGUGUCGUAUAUUGUAGCUCUGAGUGUGGUAUAUUAUAGCUCUGAGUAUGAUAUAUUAUAGCUAUGAGUGUCGUAAAUUGUAGCUCUGAGUGUGGUAUAUUAUAGUUCUGAUCGUGGUGUUUCCGGAGGCGGCAAAGCCGCUGAAGGAUAUAGUUUUUUUCACCAAGGGUAACCAUAAAUUUGCUAAUUCCCGAAUUACCCUUUCUACAAGUGUUUUAUUACCAUUCUAUAACUGUUUUAUCAUAACAAAACAAAUUAAGGCAAGUUAACAAAUCAAUUUAUUUAUUCAUUAUGAAUUCUUUAAACAAAUUCAAAGACAGAACAAAUAUUACAAUUGGAAGUGCUGUAUGCAUCGUUGUUGAUGAUAUCUUCAUUUCUAGCAUUCAAUAAGUGUUUUGUAGACCGUAUCUAAUGGUCACCAUUGAUUUCCUAGCAUAUUUAGUCCCAUCCACUUUUCUAAGUUCUGCAUAAAACUUGCAUGAACACACGUUCACCUCCUCUGUGCUCGCUCUGUCCUAAUCGUCGACGCAUCCGGCAUUCCAUUUAGUUAAAUAAAUACACUGCAGUCUUAACAACAGCUUUUGUAUUUAGGCUAUACUUUUAGCUUCCAAAAUAUGCUGUUAUUCCUCAUCUGUAAUGAUCAAAACGGCCUACACCGGUGGCCAUUUCUGGUGCUGUCGUUUUAUUUUGAAUUGUGACGUCACCUGCGUCAUGGAGAAGGCCCCGCCUACCGAAUGUUUUUAUUGGUUGACAUUUUAUAAGCUCCGCCUACAAAUAUUCAUGAGGGAGUAAUCCUAUUUACUGUCAGGGAGUAGUCCUUUUUUGCAGAGAGUAGUCCUACUUUGGGGAGGGAGUAGCCCUCAGAUGGAGAGAUUUAAGCGAUUUAAGGGAAAUAGGAGAUUUUAUUAUUAUAAUUAUCUUUUUAUUCAGUUUUUUCAUCAAUGCAAUGUACAUGUACAAUAAAUAGCAAAACAUUCACUCAUUUGUAUACUGGCACAUACCGGGUACAUACACAUAAACUCUGUUAUGUCCAUAUUUGUCAUCGAGUACAUACAUUUUCACAAUAGCAUAAACUUAUAUACUCAUUUCCGUCUAUUUUUACAUUUUAACAUUUUAUUACCCAUAUCCAUGUGUCUGACAUAUAUAUGUCUCAAUCAUUCAUUGAUAUGUCUCGUGUAAAAAUAGAACACAUAUUAACUUUCAUCACAUAUGGUAUAUAUCUUUAUGCUAGAAACAAAAUCUGCACUAAAUUAUAUAUAACACACAUACUGUAUAACUCAUAUCCAUGUCAAAAAACACCCAUGUCCAUGUAUAAACAUUAUCAAAAUGAUUUCACCAUACUCACAUGCGUUGUAUUCACACAAACCCAUUUGCAUGACAUUAGAUAUUUUCAGACAUAUUCCUGUAUCUACUGAUUAUUGAUAUAUAAAUGCAAAGAGAAGAAAUAUCAGUCCCACACAAAAAGGUAAAUGAGAAAUUUUGCACAGACUGUCUACUGAGUACAUUGCAUUGUCUUUAUAAGAAAGAGUAUUUGAGAUAGAGAUUGAGAAAAUAAAAAGAAAGGAAGAACAGAGAACAUAAAGAAAAGAGAGAGGAAAUGUAGGAAAAGUUGGGCGAGAUGUUGGAAAAAGAGGUGGAUAUUCACUUAUGUAUGCUAUAUCAUAUAUAGGUAAUAUAUCGGCUUUGUGAAGGGCAGAAAUUAGAAUAUGUUUGAUGGAGUAUGUCUUAAACAUAAUAAUUAUAAUGAUAAUAUGAUAAUAAAAAUGUAUUACAACUUAAUUAGUUGGUCCCAUUUUUCCAGUUAUUUUCAAAUUUAUGUUUAGCUUUUUCAUCCUUACCAUCAACAAUGUAUUUUUGAAUCUGAGAGUUGUCUUUUAUUAUGUUUACAAGAGCGUUUAUAUUUAAUGAGUUAUGUAAACAUCUCAUUCUGUAAAUAUACUGCUUUAUAAUGAUGAUGAUUUCACUAUCUACUCGAUUACUGGGAAGAAAAUUCUGAUGAAGAAGGCCAAAAAGAAAAUAUGUUUUGUUUACUGAAAAUGGGAUUAAAAGAGCUUCCAUUAAUGUGUCAAAACUUUCUAGUAAUCUUUGUACUUCCUCACAUUCCCAUAAUAUAUGAGUAAUUGUUUCCAGUUCAGAGUUGCAUAAUACAUAAAGAGGGGAGACAACUACUCCAAUUGUAGAUAGAAAUGAGUUAUUUGUAAGUACAUGAUGAAUCACUCUCUGAAUCACUGGAAUCACUGAAGUUUUGUAUUUGUUGUUACACAGAAUGGCAUUUUGUAGAUUUUACACCAGGUUUGUUUAUUCAUGUUGUCGAAUAUAGUAUUCCAUUUUCUGGUGCCGGAUGGUAUCUUGUCCGAUUUGAUUAUGAUGUUGUAAAACAUUUUUGACCCUUUUUUUAACUCUAAGAAAAAAUUCUAAAUUGAUAGGUAUGUAGGGAUAAAUUGUCUCAAAUCUGUAUGUAUUAUAUGAUGAAAUAAAGUCUUUAACUGCAGAGACAAGACCCUGAUACUGUAAAAAAAUGUGUUUACUUGGUAUUUUCGAAUAAAUUCUACAAAUGUGUAAAACAAACCUGUGCUAACCUCCUUUAUCAUAUCAUUUACAAUAAAAAUGUUUUUCUGAUAAUAUUUUUUUUAUAAAAAAACAGCUCUUCCUCCUAUCUUGAUUUUACUAUUAUACCAAAUGGGAACUUUCAAUAUGCUUUCCUGAAGAGUUUUAUCAUAAUAUUUUGUGUUAAGUGUGAACCAUGAUCUGAGCACAUCACUCCAGAAUUUAUUUUUACACUUAUUUACACAUUUCUGAAUAUAUUCAGAACCACAAUUUGCAAGAAGAUCUACUGUAUGUCAAUAUAAGUUUUAAGUAUGGCCUGCCAUUUCUCAGAACUCUGAUAGAGUCUUCUGAUCCAAGAGAGUAUAUAAAUGCAACAAGAUUGAUCAUCUUCAAACCACCAUCAGCAUAAUUUUGAGUAAUUAUCUCUAUUUUAUUUAUUUUUCUGUUUUUCCACUAAAUAAAUAAUCAAAUAAUAUUGAGUUGAGUUUGAUAAUAAAUCUAUCAUCUGGAUUAGGUAAUGAUAUAAACAGGUGAUUAAAUUGAGAGAUGAGCAAUGAUUUGAUAUGUAUUUUUUUCCAAUAUGUGUUAAUGACCUUCU